CUUUGAUUGGCUUUUAAAUCUUGUUUACGUUAAAAUUUGUGAAUUCAAAAAAGUGAUGUAAUUGACAGCGAAUAAUUAAUAUAUACUUAUCAGUGAAUUUUUCAUAAACUUAUUACAAUGGUACGAUAUGCUGCGCUCAAAGGCCUGUACGAUUUGGAAAAGACUAUCGGAAGUGGAGGAUUCGCUAAAGUUAAACUUGCUACACAUAUUGCAACCGGCGAAAAAGUUGCUAUCAAAAUAAUGGACAAAAUAUCAUUGGGCAACGAUUUGCCAAGAGUUAAGUUAGAAGUCCAAGCAUUAAAAACUUUAUUACAUCAACAUAUUUGUCGAUUGUACCAAGUAAUAGAAACAGAGAGUCAUUAUUUUAUGGUAAUAGAAUACUGUUCAGGAGGAGAACUAUUUGAUCAUAUUGGUAUCGAGAAAAAUAGGCUUUCUGAAACUGAAUCGCGGAAAUUUUUUCGCCAAAUUGUAUCUGCAGUGGCAUAUUUACAUAGUUUAGGAUAUGCUCAUCGUGACUUAAAACCAGAAAAUGUCCUAUUGGACAGAGACGAGAACUUAAAGCUCAUAGAUUUUGGAUUAUGUGCAAAACCAAAAAAUGGGAUAGAUUCACACUUACAAACAUCUUGUGGUUCUCCGACAUAUGCAGCUCCAGAACUUAUAUUAGGAAAGAAAUAUUUAGGUUCAGAAGUAGAUAUAUGGAGUAUGGGAGUCUUACUAUAUGCAUUACUUUGUGGUUUUCUCCCCUUUGAUGACAAUAGUAUAGAAAAUUUAUAUAGAAAGAUCCUUAGUGGUAAAUAUGAUGAACCAAGCUGGUUAUCAAGUAGUAGUAAAAGACUGAUACGAGCAAUGCUACAGAUAGAUCCAAAAAAAAGAAUUACUAUUCAGGAAUUGUGCAAUCAUCCGUGGAUUACAGCAGGAUUUCUUAAUCCUGUUUCAUUUAUUCAUAAAACCAAUUUUGAAAAGGACGAUGACGUACUAAGUACUAUGUCUGCAAUAUGCGGCGAACAUACUUCAGAUAUAUGGAGAAAACUUGUAAAAAGUGAUAGAACUGAUUACAAGACUGCCACAUAUCUUUUACUUUUAGACAGAAAGUUUCGCGGACUUUCACUUCGAAUAUCAUCUUCUGCAAAAUCUCAUUUUAAAUCUGAGUGUGAGGGAGAAGGUAAUAGUAUCAUAACUAAACUUGAUUGUUCUCCAAGAAGUAAAUCUAUUAGAUCACCAGUAACAGAUGCUACUUACAAAAUUUUACCAAAAUCUCCUGAUGCCAGGGAUCGCAAUCGUCUACACCGGGAAGUGCAAGAAAAGUAAUAAUGGGUCUGGAACGUGGUUUAAAUCGAAUGCGAUGCGUUUUGACUCCAAAAAGGCGCGUGAAAAGUGAAAAUACCGAUCCUGAGCAACCUAAUGUACUUUCUGGAAAGGGUCUUUGUAAUGUAUCAUCAACAUCCAACGAUGAUCCGAAAUAUGUUCUUUCACAAUUACGUCGUGCUCUUCGUCGUAAAGGAAUCAUGUGUCAUCAAAAAGGGUUUAUCCUGCAAGGAGAAACAGAAGAUUGUACAGAAAAUAACAAAGAUAGCGUGCGACCAUUCUCAUCCAGAAAUGCUUGUUCCUUCGAAUUAGAAGUUUGUUUAUUAGAGGGUGUUUCAAAUGAAAAAUUAGUCGGUAUUCGAAGAAAACGUUUAAAGGGUGAUGCAUGGGUUUAUAAGCGAGUAUGCGAAGAAGUUCUUGCUCUGGCAGCUAAAGAUCUAUCUGCAGAAUCAGAGGGUUCAACGGAAUCGAAAUGUCCUAUAUAAAGUGUUCCUGACAAACAUAUAUUCUUAUUAAUAUAAAUAUAUAUUGAAAAUAAUACAUCACGAAGAGUCAAUGAGACUAUUCGACUAUACAUAUUUUGAUCUCCACAAUUAUGUUAAAUAUAUAGAUUUUAGAUAAAGCAGAUAUAAUUUUGUACGUACAAUUUCAACAGAUAGUGUUUAUGGCAGCUUUGGCAUGUGUAUAUUUGCAUCAAAUGUGCCUUAGAAUGUAGUUUCUUCUGAGAAGAAACAAUCACAGGAGAAAUAUCUCAAAAAUAUGAAACUUAUAAUGAAUUUCUUGUAAUGAAAACUUAUAAUGAAUUGAAACUUAUAAUAAUUCAUUUAUAAUGAAUUAUUAUAUUAUUUCUCCAACUUUACAAUGAUAUAUAGAAAACUUACAGUUCCAGUGAUUAUUACAAUCAUUAAUUGUGUAAUAUUGUUUAUACAGUACAAGGGAAUUAUGAAAAAAUUUUAUUAUUAUGAUUUUCAUUUAGUAAUAAAGUAACAUUAAAAAUCACUUUUAUACAUUAAGA